AUGUCAGAAGUCACUCAGGCGACGUCCUCGGAGCGCAAAAUACCGCAGUACCCAUCCAGAGCGCUCCAGGUGAUUCAUGAAUGCGCCUGGAUCGGCCUGCUCAGCUUGCUCGGCACAUUAUCACGGCUUGCAUUAGUAGAACUCAAUACCUAUCCCGGUAACUUGAUUCCAGCUCUAGUCUGGGCCCAAUUUGUGGGUUGUGCCGUCAUGGGCUUCUUGAAACACGACCAAGUCUUCUUCCAGCCUAACCGGCAUAAAGCACUAUUCACAGGCUUGACUGUGGGCUUUUGCGGCUCAUUAACAACCUUUUCCGGUUGGCUGCUAGCGUGCUUUACUGCACUCUCUGACUACGGUACGAGCGAAGCAAGUGCCGGUCGAUCAACUGGGUAUAAUGCUAUUGGGCUUAUUGCUCAGCUCACGACAACUCUCGCAUUUUCAAUUGUUGGCUUCAAGCUUGGUCAGCAUGCUGCAGAUGGUCUCGCUUCUAUCUUUCCCAAAGCACGCUUGACCUUUCCACAAGCAACGACACGCACUGCCGUCUGCAUUACAGCACUGCUUGCACUUCUAGCACAAGCAGUCGUCAUUGCCGUUGCAGCUUCGGUCGACCACACAAGUUGGCGUCGACGGUAUACGCUCGCACUUGCAAUGACGCCAACAGGCGCACUUCUCCGAUACCUGCUCUCUCAGCUAUUCAAUCAUCGAGUCCUUUCAUUCCCUCUCGGUACAUUCAACGCCAAUAUACUUGGUUGCUUUCUCGAGGCACUCUUCUUCCUCCUACAGACUGUUGUUGAUCGAGAUGGAGCUGGCAUCCACUUCCUGGCGCUGCAAGGUCUGCAAGAUGGAUUUUGUGGUGCCUUGACCACCGUCUCUUCGUUUGUGAGUGAACUGCAUACCCUCAAGAGGAAGCAUGCUUGGAGGUACGGUACAAUCAGUGUUAUUGGUGGUCUGCUGCUCUUUAUUCUGGUUGAUGGUAUUGCGUACUGGGUUCAAGGCAGCAGUGCCGGCCCACCUAGGCCUCAAGCUCGUUGA